AUGUCCACAGUAGACACCUCCCACGCAGCAGCCGCAACAACCUCAACCCCCGCGUCCACCUCCACCUCGUCAACCGGAGGCGAAACAUGCCUUCCCACCCUCCUCUCCACCCUCAAAAUCACAAUCCACCCGGAAAUAUACGUCUUCGCGACCAUCCCGUCCUCACACUUUCAUGGGACCGGGACCGGAUCCGCCGCGUUUGCCAUCCCCCUCUCCGACGUCCUCCUGUUCUUCCGCGAACCGUGCACCACCAGCUCGCACGCAGGUACAGGGACAGGUGCACGCGCAGAGACGCCCAGCGACGAUCCAAAAAUCACCCUGAUCCUCCGCCGCGAAACAGCGGAGCGGUAUGCCGCCCAUGCCUCCACCCUCUUCACCCUCACGUACGAAUUCCCGUGCCGUCUUCUGACAUGUGACGUGCACUCUUCGCUUUCGGCCGUCGGGUUCAUGGCCGUGCUCGCGACCAGGCUGGCUGAAAGGGGGAUCAGCGUCAAUCCUGUGGCGGGGUUCUAUCAUGAUCACUUGUUCGUGCCCGUGGAGAGGGCCGGGGAGGCGGUGGAGAUGUUGGAGGGGUUGACCGCUGGGUAG